AUGUUCAUCGCCCGAUCUGAAUAUGACCGUGGAAUCAACACAUUCUCCCCUGAGGGUCGCCUUUUUCAAGUUGAAUACUCCCUCGAGGCCAUCAAACUAGGUUCCACAGCUAUCGGUGUCGCAACGUCCGAAGGUGUCAUUCUCGGAGUUGAGAAGCGUGUCACAUCUACUUUGCUAGAAGCUUCGUCCGUGGAGAAAAUCGUCGAAAUCGACUCGCAUAUCGGCUGUGCCAUGUCCGGUCUGCAAGCAGAUGCCCGUAACCUUGUCGAACAUGCCCGUGUUGAAUGUCAGAACCACGCUUUCCACUAUGCCGAACCUCUACGCGUUGAGAGUACCACACAGGCGAUUUGCGAUUUGGCUCUCCGAUUUGGAGAGAGCGGUGAUGAUGAAGAGAGUGUUAUGAGUCGGCCAUUUGGUGUUGCUCUGUUAAUUGCUGGAUUCGAUGAAGAUGGGCCACAGCUGUAUCACGCUGAACCCUCUGGUACAUUCUAUCGAUAUGACGCCAAGGCUAUCGGUUCCGGAAGUGAAGGUGCCCAGGCUGAGCUGCAGAACGAAUACCACCGCUCUUUGACGCUUGCCGAGGCCGAGUCACUGGUCUUGAAGACACUGAAGCAGGUUAUGGAGGAGAAGCUGGACUCGAAGAACGUCCAGUUAGCCAGUGUCACCAAGGAGAAGGGUUUCAAAAUCUACAACGAUGAGGAGAUGGGCCAGGCUGUGGCACAGCUGGGCAGCAACCAAUAA